CUUGCUUAGGGCAAUGUUGUGACAUACAUGUUUCAGCAAGUUUCCUUUUGAACCCAGAUGCACUUGAUAAUAAUUCAGAGUAACCUGAUGUUGUGUGAUGAAAUUUCCUCCAAGUUUGGCAGUUUGUAGAAUAGCAUAACUCUUUUGAGAGGGAAAUGUGUAUUUGAACACAUCAAAUUGUUGUUCAUUUGAACACCAAUAAAUCUCAACGGAAGAGACACAAAAGUAGUCAUGGAACCAGAACAAGAUGUUGAACAAAAGACCAACUGCAGCUCCAGUGAGAGGGAACUGGACAGAGAUAAAGAUCAUUUUGUUAAUAAAGACCAGAAAUCCAAAGAGAGAGCCCGAAACCACAGACUUGUUUUGAGUAUAGCAUGCUUUGGCUUCAUAUGUAUUUUCCUUUUGGCUGCCAUUGUAGUACUGCAUAUCAAGCUCAUGGCGGAUAAAGAUAUAGAAGUUACACAGAUGUUACAGUCCAAUUCAAGAUGCCAUAACAACUUCAACUCUCUGAGUGAGAAGAAUCCGGAGUUGAAGAAAAGAGUCAAUGAUCCCACUUUUGAAAUAAGCCAGUUAGAGAGAAAUGUUGACUCUUUCAAGCAGAAGAAUCAGGAGUUGGAGAAAAGAGUCAAUGAUCUCUCUUCUGAAAAAAGCCAGUUACAGGGAAGUUUUGACGCUUCGAAUCAAAAGAAUCAGGAGUCACAGAAAAGAGUCAAUAAUCUUACUUCUGAAUACGGCCAGUUACAGAGGAAUUUUGACUCUUUGAAUCAGAAGAAUCAGGAGUCGGAGAAAAGAGUCCAUCAGCUCUCUUCUGAAAAACGCCAGUUGCAAGGAAGUUUUGACUCUUUGAAUCAGACGAAACUGGAGUUGGAUAAGAGAGUCGAUAAUCUCACUUCAGAAAAAAGCCAGUUACAGAGAAGUUUUGACUCUUUGAAUCAGAAGAAUCGAGAGUCACAGAAAAGAGUCAAUAAUCUUACUUCUGAAUAUGGCCAGUUACAGAAACGUUUUGAAUCUUUGAGUCAAAAGAAUCAGGAGUCGGAGAAAAGAGUCAAUGAUCUCUCUUCUAAGAAAAGCCAGUUAGAGAGAAAUUUUGACUCUUUGAAUCAGAAGAAUCAGGAGUUGGAGAAAAGAGUCAAUCAGCUCUCUUCUGAAAAAAGCCAGUUGCAAGGAAGCUUCGACUCUUUGAAUGAGACGAAACUGGAGCUGGAAAAGAGAGUCAACAAUCUCACUUCCGAAAAAAGCCAGUUACAGAGAAGUUUUGACUCUUUGAGCCAGAAGAAUCUGGAGUUAGAGACUGAACUAAAACAGUUAUUUGAGAAAGAGUUGUUGUUCUGGUCCAGUGAAGCAAUGAACUGGUCUGACAGCAGGCAGUACUGCAGGGAUCGUGGUGCUGAUCUGGUCAUUAUCAAAAGUGAAGACAAGCAGAGGUUCAUUUCUUCAUUUGUCAAGGAGACUGUGUGGAUCGGUUUGUCUGACAUAGAAAACGAGGGGGAAAUGAAAUGGGUGGAUAAUUCAUCACUGAAUCAAGGGUUUUGGUCUGAGAGACAGCCAAAUAAUUCUGGUGGAGAUGAGGACUGUGUUGACCUGAUACCUUCAAAUGCUGUCCUGAAAAACUGGAAUGAUGCCCCAUGCUCACUUAAGAAAAGAGGGAUUUGUGAGAAGUAGCAUUGCUUCCUUCAUCUUCCUAAUAUUUAAUAAUGCUUUAACUAUUUUAGUUUUUUUUUUUUUUUUUUGUAGCAUCAUUUUUUGAAGGUUUGUGACAGCAAAGCUAUACAACAAAUACAAUCACUUUUUAAAAGUAAAAAAAAAAAAAGAAGCCAUUUUUGUUUCUUACUGCAUUAAUAAAUCUCACAGCAUUCGGGUGAGUUAUGGGUAAUCUCUGACAAUAAAACCUCUUAUGUUCUUACUUCAUCACAAGCAGCUGUAUGUUAACGUGAUCAUAUUCUAGCUGUUAUCAUGCAUCUCAUUUCUUGAUCUGAAGUGUUGAAGUGACAAUCAGUGUCAAAGUGUCCAGAUUUAACUAAUUCACCCAUUUUAUUCUGAUAUUGAGUGUCUGUGAAACUGCUUUCAGGCUGAAUUGCUUUCUCUGUGAAUAAAAUUUCAAUUAGCAUUA